AUGUUUUCCACUUGAACUGUCAGCGAGGUUCUUUUUAUGCGCCGAUUGUUCUCAGAAAAAUUGCAAUGAACAAAAACUACGUUGAAUAAGUCAGUAAAUUGAACAAAAUGUUGCGAAGAAUUCUUCCAAAUGUGCAGUUGCGGAUACCGCUAGCAUGUCAUAUCCCGAGGGUUACCAUGUCCCAGUAUGGGCCUCAGUUUGUCGAACCUGUGUUUAAGAAGGAAACUAUAAACGCACUCAAAGAAAGUGGUGAAAUCGAAAGAGUUGCACACGUGCCAAUAAAAGCCGCACGGAAUAACGAUACAUGCUCGGUUUUCCACGACGAUCUGGUCAGCAAGUUCACUAAUUAUGUAAUGAAACAAGGCCAGAAACGUCUGGCCCGGGACUUGGUGGAGAAAGGAUUUGAAAACAUCAAACGAUUACAGUUGGAACGGUACCAUUUGGCUGAGAGUGACGAGGAACGAGCAAAAAUCGAGUUAAAUCCUAGAGUGAUGCUACAAAAGGCUGUGGAAAAUAGUCGGCCUUUGCUUCAGCUGACGCCUAUUAAACGUGGAGGUGUACGCUAUCAGGUACCGGUGCCGAUAACCGAGAAGCGAUCCUAUUUCCUUGCUAUGAAGUGGCUUCUAGAAGCUUGCCGGGAGAAGGAGCGGACUGUUCACUUUCCGGAAAAAAUGGCCUGGGAGGUGCUCGAUGCUGCCGCUAAUCAGGGCAAGGUGAUUAAGCGCAAGCAAGAACUGCAUCGCCAGUGCGAAGCAAAUCGUGCUUAUGCUCAUUAUCGGUGGAGUUAGAAAAGGUUGGUUUUUAUUUUUAAAAGGCAAAUAAAAGUAAUAGUUUGUAAAAUUUA